AUGUUCAGGAGAGUGAAACACAAGUUCAAGGCGGUCGGGCGCCACGAGGUGUCUUUGAUGCAGAUCGUCGUGUCCACAGGAGAGGUGUACCAUAUGAGCUCUUCCGUCAUGGUCAAGUACGUGCGGCGGGAGAUCCGCCAGCUGACUGACAAAGACAGGGAGGCGUUUUUCGACGCCAUGGAGACGCUCUACCGGCUGCCCACCGGCGAGGGCGUUGCUCUCUAUGGCGAAGACUACAAGGGUAUCGAAUUUUUCGUGCAGAUGCACCUGGACGGGGCCGCUGUGAAGGAGUGUGACCAUUGGCACGACGAUGCCGGCAUCGUGACGCACCACGUGGGGUUCACCUUGCUGUUCGAGCAGGCCCUCCAGGUGGUGGACCCCUCCGUCUCCAUACCCUACUGGGAGUACACCAUUGAAGCCGCCCUGGGCUUGGCGAACUACGGAGAAUCCCAGGUAUUUCACCCUGGCUGGUUCGGCGACGCCUCUCCCGACAACUCCCUUCACACGGUGACCGACGGCCGGUGGGCCUUCCUCUCGAUCAUGAAGGAAGCGUGGGACUACGUGCACAACCCAUACGGCCUUCUGCGUGCUCCUUGGAACACGGACGGGACCCCUUUCGUCACUCGCUACGACAAAAUCAAUGGCGUGGACUCGACGGACAUGGUGACGUGUGAAGAGUUUCAGUCGUGCUUUGAGUCCUCUUCCAUCGCGGCGAUGAACAACUGUCUGAACGCGGGCAUUCACGGGCCAGUGCACAACACAAUGGGCGGGGAGUGGAACAACCCCGAAGAGGAGUUCACGUUUCGAUUAGGAUAUUCUGCCUCCGUCGCGAUCUUGGCCAAGGCCUUGUGGAGGCAAGGAUACCUCCGCGUGCCGAACACCUGUUUGCAGGGAAAAGAUGGACCCGGCAACGCGUCCACGUGCAUCACCAGCUGCCCGGCAGAGUUGUACGAGUCCUUAGGGAUGACGCCGUACGACGUGCUGGUGGACACCUCCGCGGCUUACUGGGUCGCCGAGGCUGCCGGCGACGCUGUUAUGUACGACCAUGAUGAAGACCGAUUCGUGGUGACCGGCCACGAAGACGAUGAGGACUUUCAAAACGAGUUCUGGAUGCGGGUUCUGCACUCGCUCUGCGACCCCGGGUGGUCGUUAGACGAUACCUGGGGCUACUUGGAUGGCAAUAUGUUCGGGGAGACGAGGGUAGUCUGCGACUGGUCGGGGGUGAGGGACGACCCUCUGGCCAUGCCUACAUGCGUGGAGGGCAACUGCGCGGGUCACAAGGCCAACGAAGCCCUGCCGUUCGAAAUCAAGCUCCAGGGCGAGACCGUCACGAUGACCAACCUGGAGUGGUACCAAUUCAUCUACCCGGACAAUGACAACCUGCCCUACAUGUACAACGAAUUUGCCUGGAAUCACUGCGCGUGA